AUGGCUGGACCAGGCGGAGGCCCCUCGAGGCGCAGUCACACAAAGUCCCGAAAGGGCUGCAAGACUUGCAAGAGGAGACAUAUUCGCUGUGAUGAGACGUUCCCGCAAUGCCGCAACUGCACCAAACACCAGGUGCGGUGCGAUUACAUGGAUAGCCCCACUGCCAUGAUGCCCGAAUCUCCGCAAGCGCCCCAACAGCCCAACCUCCUCUGGACACCAGAAAUCGAGGCUACGAUCGAGCUAUGGAGCCAGACUGGAGAGUUCCCCUUCCCCGAGCUUCGAAUCUAUCCCCAACCUCAAUGGCGAACAUAUGCAAAGACUGAUCUUCGCUUGAUCCACCACCUUUCCUCCAUCACCAAUGAGAUGUUUAGGAAUAGAACCUCCAAGAUGACCCUUUGGGCGGACAUGAUGCCCAAAUUCUUGAGCAUUGCUGCGUCGCAUCCUUUUGUCAUGCAUUCCAUUCUCGCUUUCUCCGGUUCGCACCUAGCUUGGAUCUCUCAGUCGACCGAAACGCGGAAUCUCGCUUUCCACCAUGCUAGCAUUGCGCUUAAGGGCCUGCACGACGGCAUUUCAAGCUUCACCAAAAUGAACUCGGAUGCGGUCCUGGUUUCGUCGCUCCUACUAGCUUGGCAAGCCACUGACUGGAGGGGUUGGGCUUCGCUCGUCACCGGCACAAAGACAAUUAUUCAGUCUAUGCAGCCCUGGAGACACGAGUCUCUUUUUGCAGAUUACAUCGCAGAGCACAGCCCAACGCCCAACAGGCACUUCAUGAACCCAGUCAGCACGCCGAUCACGCAGGAAGCCCGUACCCAGCAACUGAACACCCUCACCGACAUCCACAACUCCUUGCAGCGCAUGCAGCCAUACCUCAGCCGCAAUGAUCAGGAGACAAAGUGGGUUGACCAGCUGAAGGGGUAUCUCGACCGAUUGCGAUCAUCCAACCAAGCACAAACGGCUGAGGAGCAGUUCAAUCAGCUAUACGCGCUCCGCAAAUGGCUGUUUUGGGUCCCGAUCUCUCUUCUAUCUGCGAAGCGUGGGGACGUCAAUGUUCUCUGUGUCCUUGCUCACUUCUACGCAACCGCUCUGGCCUUGGAGCCAAUGUUUCCGGAUGUUGCUUCUGUUUUCGUCUCAGAUAUCUCCCUUCUUCCGCUGGAGGAGAUUGUUACCGUUAUCCAGGGAUAUCAGGAUCCAAGAUAUGACUCCAGAAUCCAGACCAUGUCAUAUCUGGUGCAAUAUCCCAUCGACAUAGUUUCGUCAUACAAGACUAGGAGAGAAUGGACGCGGCAGCAUAUCUCUGCUGUCUCUCCUGUUCAGCAGCCACCCUAUGCACUGGAAUCUAUCAACCUGGAUCUCGAAAACCAGAUCGCGCAGUAUAGCUACGGUCAAGCUCACAGUCUCAGCCCAGCUUUUGCUCCUUCGCCUCUAGGACUCUUGCCUCUUGGGAUGCCUUCCACUCCAGCUUCGCCAUUCCUCGAUAUUCCGCGAACGACUGCAGAUGCCUAUGGAACGAGCACCAACUACGCGUCUCCACUGGGCUCACCUGGCAAUGUACUAUUACCGCCGUAUGUGGCGCCUCCAGAGCAGCAUGCGUAUAAUUAUGGGAUGUCUGGAUAUACCAGCGGGUUCGUGGCUACACCUAUCUGGACGUAA